AUGGCUCAUAUUGAACAAGGUAUUUAUAUUGGUCGACAAAUGACAACGAACGGUACGAAUGUUAAUUAUUGGCUUGGUAUACCUUAUGCUCAGCAAUCUGUCGGUAGCCUUAGAUGGACUCCUCCUCAAGCUCUUGCUACAGCAAACGAAACGGCAGAAGCAUAUGUUGAUAAUUCUUGUCUACAAGAAUAUAAUUUUGGUUUUCUACGUACCGAGACCUGUCUUACGUUAAAUGUAUACGCUCCAGAAAAUGCAAGUCGUUUGCCUGUGUUUGUCUGGAUUCAUGACGAUGCUUUUACUUCCGGCGCAGCCACCCAUCAAAUUACUGUCGGAGGUGAGAGUGCAGGUGGUAUAAGCAUCACACUUUUGCUUACAUCUUCACUGGUUGCUGACGACGCGUUUCAAAGAGCAAUUGUACAAAGCAGCAGUAUGUGGCCAAGUUUGCUCUUCACUCUACAGGAAGCCACGAACAAGACGGUUCAGCGUAUGAUCAGCUCUCAAAAUAUCUACGGACUGUUUGUUCUUCCAGUUAUCGAUGGAUAUGUACUAGAUGAUAUUAUGGAAAAUUACUACGCACAAAGAAAUUUUAAAAGAAUUCCUGUCUUGAUUGGUUCCACAGCAAGCGAGACAACAACAAUGACUUAUAGAAUCUUUAAUGACACAAUUAAUAGCACACAAGCGCAAAACUUUCUCGAAACAUUAUACAAUACUACGAUCAUUGAUAAGUUACCCACAGUCUAUGGGCCUAUGGCUACAUAUGGCAACCCAUUCACGUACUUAAAUGUAAUCUAUAGUGACGCUUGGGUCAAAUGUGGAGCAAGACGUCUUGCUGCUCGAUUUUCUGAAUAUGUAGUACCAUCUUAUUUGUACACAUAUAGCUAUAUUGUAUCUGCUGCACCAUCCUGCUGUGGUGCAGUUCAUACUGCAGAGCUUCCCAUGCUCUUUCCGUCAUAUCUUCGUUAUUUGUAUCGUAAUUACACUUUCACUGCAUUGGACCAGCAGCUUUCUAAGAACGUGGCAUUAUACUGGGCUCAUUUCAUCUAUAAUUCAGAUCACAACUACGAUAUAAAUCCAACCAACUGGAGUGUUUGUUGUUCUUCGACUGAUAAUGAUUUGACCAUCGGGACUAAUCCACACAUGAGAAGUUACUAUUAUAAUCUAACGUGCUCGGGUCUAUGGGACCAGUACGCUGUCACUAACAGUACCACUGCGGCAUCUACAAUGAAAUAUGACUGUACUUCUCAAUAUUAUCUAUCGCUUUUUGUUCUUUUUUCUAUUACAAUUUAUGUUCAUGUUUAG